AUGUUAGUGGAAAAGCAUGUCAUCGGUUUCGCCACCAUCUGCUCGAUAUUGGCCACAGGUGCAUGCUUACUAGUGAUCUCGUCGCUCUACGAUGAGAUUACCCAGGUCCAUGAUUUGGUCCUCGAUGCAGUGGCCACAUUCCGUGUGCAGACCGAUUCGGCCUGGGUGGAGAUGAUGGACGUGCAGAUCACCGUCACUCCGCCAUCAUUACCACGUCAGAAUCCAUUCAACUCGAUCUUCCGUCAGAAGAAACAAGCUCUACCACCGUGGUGCAUCUGCGAGCCUCCUCGAAUCACUUGUCCGCCAGGACCACCUGGCCCACCUGGCAUGCCCGGACAGCCUGGUAAUCCUGGUCCCCCUGGGCCGCCAGGACGAGACGACAUGACUAUUUACGCUCCUAUCCACUGCCCAGCUCCAGAUCGUUCUUGCAUCCGUUGUCCGCCUGGACCGCCAGGACCGCAAGGACCCGAUGGAAAUAUGGGACAGCCAGGAAUUGACGGCAGACCUGGAGCUCCUGGACAACGUGGUGAGAACGGUCAGCCUGGUCCAAUGGGAGAACCUGGAGACCAAGGCCAGCCUGGUCAUCCAGGAAUGGAUGGCAGACCCGGACCACCUGGUCAAGAUGGACGAAAAGGCACUGGUGGCCCAGGUAUGCCUGGACAUCCAGGACCCCGUGGAGAGAUGGGAGCACCCGGAGCUCCUGGUAACCCCGGUGCACCUGGUAUGCCAGGACCGAUGGGUCCACCAGGUCAGAACGGUAUGCCAGGAAACCGUGGAAACGACGGUCAUCCUGGAACCAAUGGUAUGCCUGGAGCUCCUGGCAAAGACUCCACAUACUGCCCCUGUCCACGACGAAGCAGCCGUACCAAGAAGAAGAAGGCUUAA